GCCCUCCCUGGCCGGGGCGACAGGACGUAUGGAAUAUUUACCAAUCCCAUGGCAUUGCAAACUGACCGUGACUGUUUUAGCCAAUAGUCAUCGUGCAAGGGCGGGACCGCGUAAACCUCUUUCCUCCCCCGCCCUUUGGACCAGUCCUUUCUUUCGAUUCUGUAUGAUUGGCAGGCACUGAGACCAAUAGUGAUUAGAAAACCUUGAAGCCUGCCAAAAGAUCGUGGGCAGGAGGCGGUUUCUCGUUUGUUGCGGCGUCUGUAUGUGUGUUUCGGGGGAUUAAGGGGGACGCGGGGGGCAAAACAGUACCGGCCAUGGCAGCAGCGGAGGAGGAGGACGGGGGCCCCGAAGGGCCAAACCGCGAGCGGGGCGGGGCGGGCGCGACCUUCGAAUGUAAUAUAUGUCUGGAGACUGCUCGGGAAGCUGUGGUCAGUGUGUGUGGCCACCUGUACUGUUGGCCCUGUCUCCAUCAGUGGCUGGAGGCACGGCCAGAGCGGCAAGAGUGCCCAGUGUGUAAAGCUGGGAUCAGCAGAGAAAAGGUUGUCCCCCUUUAUGGGCGAGGGAGCCAGAAGCCCCGGGAUCCCAGAUUGAAAACCCCACCCCGCCCCCAGGGCCAGCGACCCGCUCCAGAGAGCAGAGGGGGAUUCCAGCCAUUUGGCGAUACUGGGGGCUUUCACUUCUCAUUUGGUGUUGGCGCUUUUCCCUUUGGCUUUUUCACCACCGUCUUCAAUACCCACGAGCCAUUCCGUCGGGGUACAGGUGUGGAUCUAGGACAGGGUCACCCGGCCUCCAGCUGGCAGGACUCCCUCUUCCUGUUUCUCGCCGUCUUCUUCUUUUUCUGGCUGCUCAGUAUUUGAGCUGUGUCUCCUUCCUGCCCACCUCCAGCCAGAGGAAAAUCAGUAUUGGGGGUCCCUGCUGACCCUUCCUUACUCCCGGACCCUCCCCUGUAAGCCCUCCAUUUUUGUUGGCUAAGGGCAACCCUGGCCACUUUCCAGGAGGGUGUGGGGAGGAGUGACACCUGUGCAUGGAAUGGGAGAACCUUUGCUCUGAACUGCUCGCUCAGUCGCAUCGUAACUCCCAGCUCUGGGAGAGGAGGACGGACUGAAGACAAGGUCUGUCUCCCCUCUCUCCUGAUCCUUUGCUUUCCCCCCCAUUUCUUGAUUUGAUGUUGAAAGGUGGGCAAGGCUCCCUCUGACUCUCCCCCGUAUUCCCCUUGUUGAUUUAAUUUAAUUUUUCUCUCCCCGGUGUCUAAUGUGGGUCCUGACUCGUAAGUGCUUCCUUCCCCUCACUACCUCCUUUAUUACAAAUUCAAUAAACAAGUUGAGAUGUA